AGAGAAGGGGGAGGGUUUGGGGGUCAGAGAUACUCAGAGAGACGGGCUGCUGGUGGCGAAGAUGGCGGAUGGGGAUAGCGGUAGUGAGCGCGGUGGCAGCAGCGGCGGCGGCGGCGGAGGAAGCGGUGGAUUUCAGCAUUACCAGCGGGAGCCAGAGACACAGGAGCUGGCUUCGAAGCGACUGGACAUUCAGAACAAACGCUUCUACCUUGACGUGAAGCAGAACGCCAAAGGCCGGUUCAUCAAAAUCGCAGAGGUCGGCGCCGGGGGCUCUAAAAGUCGUUUGACCCUCUCCAUGUCAGUUGCUGCCGAGUUCCGCGACUAUCUGGGGGAUUUUAUAGAGCACUACGCCCAACUCGGGCCUAGCACCGCGGAGCAGAUCGCUCAGUCGUCCGGUGGGGAUGACAGCGGGCCUAGACGGGCCUUGAAGAGCGAGUUUUUGGUGCGUGAGAACCGAAAAUACUACCUCGACCUGAAGGAGAACCAGCGGGGUCGGUUUCUCCGGAUCCGACAGACCGUCAACCGAGGCCCCGGUUUCGGCGUCGGUGUGGGGGGCAUACCCGGUGCCGGCAUGCAAUCCGGCCAAACCAUCGCUCUCCCGGCCCAGGGGUUAAUAGAGUUCCGCGAUGCUUUGGCCAAGCUGAUAGACGACUACGGGGGAGACGAGGAGGAGCUGGCCGGCGGCGGAGGGGCCGGGGGCUACACCGAACUUCCGGAGGGCACUUCGAUCAUGGUGGACUCCAAGCGCUUCUUCUUCGACGUCGGGUCCAACAAGUACGGGGUCUUCUUGCGGGUGAGCGAGGUGAAGCCCAGCUACAGGAACUCUAUAACGAUCCCCUUCAAGGCGUGGGGCAAGUUCGGGGGAGCGUUCAGCCGCUACGCCGAGGAGAUGAAGGAAAUCCAGGAUCGGCACCGGGACAAGAUGUACGAGCGGAGAACCGGAGAGGAGUCGGAGGGAGACGACGUGGACGACGAUUGACGCAGAGGGAGAAGCGGCUUUCUGUGGGCUAAAGUUGACAACAGGAUGCAAAGCCUGGAGAGAGGAGCGACUAUUUUGUGCAUGACGAAUUGAACUAUAAAAAAAUGCAUUGAAAAAAAUGCUAAAAAAAAAAAAAAAGUAUAUUUGACUGAGAAAUUUGUUUAUGUAAGAGAAACAUGUUCUAAAGUUUAGGUGGAUGUUAUAGCUAAAAAUGAGUGCAGACUGCAGUAGUCAGCCUCUGUAUGAGAUUCCCCGUUGAUAAAGUAUAUUCUAUUUAAUAUAUAUCUAUCUAUAUAUUGAUUGUCCCAUUGAUAACCUCACAUGUAGCCCAGCAAGUUCAGUUUGGCAGAAACACAACAGUUGGUUACCUGGACUCCUGCUUGAUAUCCAAUGGUGAGAGCUCACUCAGUGCUGACCUGUAGUCUGUGAUGAUGAGGAGGAGGAGGAUGAUGAUGAUGAGGAAGAGUAAAAUGUGACAUACUCAAACCAGCAGUGGCUGUGAGGGAGUGCUGGCAUCGCUCACCAUGGCUGUUUGUGUUUUUUCUAAAGUGAUCAGAACCAAACGGCUCGUCCAGACGGAACCGCCGCGUCCAGCAGGCCCGGGGGCAGAACGCCCGGCCCCGGGGGCAGAACGCCCGGCCCCGGGGGCUGAACGCCCGGCCCCGGGGGCAGUAGGGUUACCUGCUGUAAGCACACGUUGUCUCGGCCUCUCCAGCCCAGUCCAGACCUGGUGCUGACCCUUGACCCUUGCUGCGGCGCGGCGGUGAGGCCUGCUCAAACGUGGCUUGUUGUGUCUCAGGGCUAAAGCAUAAAACUAAAAUCCAAGCCCACAUUUUUUUGGGAGGGUUUCCCAGCAUUCCCUGUGCCUGUCGCUGCAGCCGAGUCGUCCGGUGCGGGCCACCUUUGACCUUUGACCCGGUGGCCUUCUCGUUCACACUGGUGUCACCGUUCCCCAGCUGCAGCUUAGCGUUGCCAGGUUUGAUCUAGAAUCACCUCCAGGGUCGUCCGUGUUGACUUGCUUUGGGUGCAUCAUUUGGAUCCUCGAAUCUUGAACUCUGACCUUUUACGACUGGAGAAACAUUCAGUCUGAUUGUAACAGAAUAAAUUAGGUGCUUUUGAAACAGAACCUCCUGCGGGGGGAGUUGUAUCUAAAAGAUAUAUAUAUAUAAAUAUAUAUAUAUGUACUGAAAGAGAUUUACUAACUAAAAAAUUGAUAGAAUUAUUUUUAAAGAGAUAUACUCAAAUAUGUCUUAGAAAUAUGAGAUUUAUUAGAUAAUGCUGCCUAAAGUGGCCUAUUUAAAACACUAAACUUGGAUGCAACGGUCCAGGGUUAUAUUUCAUACCUGCUUUUCUUUUUUUUCCUAAUAUAUCUUUUAUUCCUUAGAGGAAACUUAAGAGAACAACAGAUUGGUUCCUCCGUAUGUUAAAGCAAUUUGUAGAAGCAGCUUCUCUGAAGUCUGCAAACUCUCAGCACUCCAGGUCACUUUACCGCUUCGUUUCCUUCCCUCCUUUCAGUCCACCGCCGUUUUUCACUCCACAGCGUUUUCCCAUCAGUUGCCAUGCGACAAACGUAAACACCUGCCGCCGUCAGCGUUUGGUCUUUAUUGCUCCUUUUACUGAUGUUUUCUGUUUUUUUUGCAUGCCUGCUCUGACGCAGAGCCGCCUUGUGUUCUUUUCUUUCUGCAUUUUCAGAUUUGCUGUAUAAUGGUAUUUAUCCUUCUUUCUUUUUUUUUUUUUUUAGAGCUGUUGCAAGUUUUUUUUCUGUGCUGCAAUAGACAGAAAGUUAACUUUUCAGCCUGGUGGUUUUCCAACGGCCACAGCGUUCCCGUGUUUUGGGGGGAAACCUCACUUUCAUCGUCUCUCUUCCUUUUGGUGUGAAAACUUCUCGUUGAAUUUUACUUUCCCCUCUACAACACAGCAGAGAAAUGCCAUAUAUAUACAUAUAUACAUAUAAAAAAUACAUGGGAGCAAUAGAUUUUUUCCUUUUCUAUUGAUAUAAAUAUACUAUAUAUAAGGUUACACAUGCGAUUUGAACUACAUCCUUCUUCUUGUACUGUGUUACGUGAAAUGGCAGCUGUUUCAGUCGUGUGUUCUGCUGUAAUAUUCUACCAAGAUCCUUUCAACGAGAAAUAAUAAAAAAAAGGUUUUUGCUCAGGA